AUGGAACGAUCAUCAGUGUUUACUGCUGGCCUGAUAGGCCUACUGGUCUACGGCCUGUAUCGGUUGCUCUCUAUCGGCAAGAGGCCCAAGGACUACCCACCUGGACCACCUACAUUGCCAAUUAUAGGGAAUAUUCAUCAGAUGCCGACCAAAGAUGCACACCUACAAUUCCAGAAAUGGGCAGAAGAAUACGGCGACAUCUACAGCUUGAUGCUGGGCACCCAGACUUUGAUCGUGCUUUCAAGCGACGUUGCUAUCAAGGACUUGAUGGACAAGCGAAGCUCGAACUAUUCCGACAGACCAGAGCUUUACAUUGGUCAAACGCUGUGUUCGGACGAUUUGCGCGUACUCAUGAUGGGCUAUUCUCCCAAAUGGCGAAGCAUGAGGAAAAUGUUCCACCACUUACUCAACGCAACUGUCGCUGGAGACUUCGUGCCCUACCAGACACUGGAGAAUAAGCAGAUGCUGAACGAUCUUCUGGAAUCUCCCAACGACUUCCUCCAGCAUAUUCGUCGGUACUCAAAUGCGUUAACAACAUCGAUGGUAUUUGGCUGGCGUACGCCGACGUUCAAUGAUCCCGAUAUUCAACAGCUGUUCGAGGGCUUUUCGGAAUUCGCAGAUAUCAAUAUGACAGGUGUGGCAGCUCUGCUCGAUGCAUUCCCGAUCAUUCGAAAGCUGCCAGACUUCAUUCUUCCACUGCAGAAGAAAGCAAAAGACCUUCACAAAGUUGAACGAGAGCUUUAUUUGAAACAUUGGCUGCGCGCGAAGAAAGAGAUCAAGGAAGGCACAAUCAAUCACUGUUUCUGCGUCGGUAUGGCGGAAGCACAGAAAAAGGACGGAUUCUCGGACGCUCAGGCGGCUUAUAUCUCCGGCACGCUCCUCGAAGCCGGUUCUGAUACGACCUCGAAUACUUUGUAUGCCUUCGUGCAAGCUAUGCUGCUCCACCCGGAUGUUCAACGCUACGCACAACAACAGAUCGACGCUGUCUGCGGAGAUUCACGACUACCCACGAUGGAGGACCAGCCUGCUCUCCCGUAUAUUCGCAUGCUAAUGAAAGAGACUUUGAGAUGGUGCCCCACCACCAUCCUAGGCGCUGUUCCACACGCUGCGACUCAAGAAGACACGUACAAAGGAUUCGUCAUUCCCGCAGGGGCCGGCGUCAUGAACAAUGUCUGGUCGAUCAACAUGGAUCCAAAUAGAGCACCGAACCCGCGACAAUUCGAUCCAAACCGCUACAAGGACGACACUCUCGGACUCUAUGACUCCGCCUCCAACCCAGACGGAACGAAGAGAGACAUGUUCACGUUUGGUGCAGGUCGCCGCAUUUGUCCAGGUAUGCACGUUGCGGAGCGAAGUUUAUAUUUGGGAAUGUCGCGCAUUCUCUGGGCAUUCGAUAUAACGCCGGCAAAGGACAAGAAUGGCAAGCCUAUUCUACCCAAUCCAGACAAGCUGACGCAAGGCUUCGUGUGCAUGCCUGAAGAGUAUCCUGCAACGAUCACACCAAGGUCGCCACAACGAGCAGCGAUUGUGAAGGCGGAAUGGGAGAAGGCUUCGAAGGAGCUCUUGGAUCCUGUCAGCAAGCAAUGGAUCUCAUCGCCGCUCUGA